AUGCACAUUGCAAAAUCCAGAGUAGAAUGCAGAAUAAAUCCAGGCGUGCAGUGUGCAUUUAUUUGUACUUCAUCAUAUGAGGAGUCGAGAGCUUUGAGGAGGGAGAAGAGAUUUCUAUUAUUCGAACCAGAAGAUAACUUUAUACAGUUAAUCAUUGGUGUUGGUAUACCAGUAGAGAUCAAAUCGCACGCCGUUGUCUUUGGAUGGGCUUACAGAGCUGUUUACGGACUGCCAACAAAUUUGUCCGAGCUGAUGCCAAUGGAUUACAAUGAAAGGAAGAAAAGGUCAGCUUCGCGGUGGGAUAUCUACCAAAUGAUGGAACAGAUGUCAGAAGUGCGCGGUUUGGGAGGAAGAGAUUGCAUACUACGAGCUAUCUGUGAAGCAGCUGAUAAUCCUGUAGACAAAUACAAUGGAUUUUUUGAAGAACUUGUCCACACAUUAUUCACUCCAACUACAACAAAUGAAGAUAUUGGUCAUCAUACAGAUAAUCAAUAUUAUGCGGCUCAAGAUUUGGGAAGAAAUUAUAGAGGAAAGUGUACCCAGUUUUUCCCUGAGUGUAGACAGACUUUCCUAGACAUUUUUACAAGAUUUUACGACAGCGGUUUUUAA